UAUGGGAUCAAUUUGUUAAUAAUUGUAUUAUCCGGAGAUGUUUUACCAAGUUACCCUUACAUAAUUUCUCCAGUGCAAGAGACAUGUAUCGGCCGAGAUAUGCAUCUCUCUUGAAGUCGCUUCUUCUGUCUGCUCCGGCCUCUAUCAUGCCAACCUAUGGCCAUUAAGACGAAACUAUACAAACACCUCCAAUCGUCCACCCAUAGAAAUUCCACUUCAGGCAAUAUAUCGCCAUGGCAUCAGUCCCUCUUCACCUACCUUCAAACACUGCGCUCUGGCUCUUUCCCACACGCCUUCUCUUUCCCAUUUCCCCUUAAAUCGUGCGCUGCACUUUCUCUCCCUACCACAGGAAAACAACUCCAUGGCCAUGUUAUUAAAACGGGGUGUUUACUUGAACCCUUUGUUCAGACCUCGUUGAUUUCUAUGUACAGUAAAUGUUUCUUAAUAGACGAUGCAUGUAAAGUAUUUGAUGAAAAUCCCCAAUCAAGUAAGCUAAUGGUUUGUUACAACGCUUUGAUAUCUGGAUAUGCAUUCAACCUUCGAGUUAAGGAGACGGUGUCGUUGUUUAGUGAAAUGAGAGAAAUAGGUGUGGAGAUUAAUGGGGUUACGUUGUUGGGAUUGAUUCCAAUAUGUGGGCUUCCAGGGAAUUUGGAGCUGGGAAUGUCUGUUCACGCUUCUUGCACGAAGCUUGGAUUCGACGCGGAUUUGUCUAUUGGGAAUUGCUUGCUUACUAUGUAUGUGAAAUGUGGGGAAAUUGACUCUGCAAGAAAGUUAUUUAACGAUAUGCCAGAAAAAGGUUUGAUCACUUGGAAUGCAAUGAUUAAUGGCUACGCCCAAAAUGGGCUUGCUAACAACGUUUUGGAACUUUACUGGGAGAUGAAAUCAAGUGGGGUUUCUCCUGACUCUAUAACACUUGUUGGGGUUCUUUCAUCCUGUGCUCAUCUUGGCGCACAGAGCGUUGGUCGGGAGAUAGAACAGCAAAUAAAGGUUUGUGGAUUUGGGUCCAAUCCAUUGCUGAACAAUGCUUUGCUUAAUAUGUAUGCUAGAUGUGGCAAUUUGGAGAAGGCUAGAGAUAUCUUUUAUGGCAUGCCUGUGAAAAGUGUAGUUUCAUAUACUGCAAUCAUAUGUGGGUAUGGAAUGCACGGACAAGGAGAGAUUGCUACUGACCUUUUUGAUGACAUGAUCAGGACUGGCAUUAGACCUGAUGGAACAGCUUUUGUGAGCGUUUUAUCUGCAUGUAGUCAUGCAGGAUUGACUGAUAAGGGAUUUGAUUAUUUUCGAAUGAUGCUGAGUAAGUAUGGAUUGCAGCCUGGUCCAGAGCAUUACUCUUGCAUGGUUGAUCUUUUAGGCAGAGCAGGAAAGCUCAACGAAGCACGGGAUCUCAUUGAAUCUAUGCCGGUAAAACCUGAUGGUGCCGUGUGGGGAGCACUUUUAGGUGCCUGCAAAAUCCAUAAAAAUGUAGAGUUGGCAGAGGUGGCUUUCAAACAGAUCAUUGAGCUGGAACCUACAAAUAUUGGUUACUAUGUUUUGUUAUCUAACAUAUAUGCUGAGGCUGGGAAUUUGGAGGGGAUCCUAGGAGUUAGAGUGAUGAUGAAGAAGAGGAAUCUCAAAAAGGACCCAGGCUGUAGUUAUGUUGAAUUUAAUGGGAGAGUUCACCUGUUCUUCGCUGGAGAUAGAAAUCAUCCUCAAACCCAUCCUCAAACUGAGGAAAUAUACCAAAUGUUGGAUAAGUUAGAAAAUUUGGUUAAGGAUCUUGAUGAUUUUAAGAAGAGUGGUCAAGAAAGAACAGAAGAACCGAUAAACGGCCGAGGCGUGCAUAGCGAAAAGUUGGCAAUUGCAUUUGGGCUUCUGAACAGCACAGAAGGAUCAGAGAUUGUUGUGAUGAAGAAUCUUAGGAUAUGCGGAGAUUGUCAUUUGUUUAUAAAGUUGGUCAGCAAAGUUGUGAAUCAUCAAUUUGUUGUUAGGGAUGCAUCCCGCUUCCACCAUUUCAGGAAUGGACUCUGUUCUUGCAAAGAUUAUUGGUGAUGCUCAUAUAUGAGCCUUUUCAUAUUCCCAAA